UGUCCCCCGUACACUUUCGGGUUUCGGCGGUGUCAAAAAAAAAAAACAAACACAAACACCUCGCCGGAGACCGAAACAAAAUCCCGGGGACGGGGCGUAGGGGAGACGGGGAAGCGCAGAGCGAUGAGGAGGGAGACGCCGAGCAGAUAUUACAUGCAGUGAAUGUCCAUGCAGAAAUUUUGCAUUGGAAACAUCUGAAUGGCGGAACCGAGAUAAGGGGGGGUGAUCGAGGGGAAAUGGGACCAGACACAGGUUCUGGAGAGACGGUGUGGUGUUGACACCGGUGAAUUGGAGACAAGUCCAAAAAAGGAGAAAAAAAGAGUGGGGGGCGAAGGAAAAGACGGAGAAUCAACGACAAAGCUAGCGUGCUAGCUAGCGAUCUACAUUUGGGGCAAUGAAGAAAGGACGAUGGCAGAAGGCUAGAGAUACAGACUUGCAGCCCCCGCCCCAGCAUUGCCCCAGUUCUCCUGUCUUGUCUCCCCCCCGAACCCCACCCCCCCACUCCUUCUUUCCUGUUCUUUUCAUCUCUGCCCAGCCCAUCUCCGCCUAACUCUUUAUGUGUGCUGAAUGUAUUUCCUGAUGUUACGUGUGUGCAUUCUGCUGUGUAAGGUCUGAGUCGGUUAGUUCUCUUUCCGCCGUGAACCACUAAUAUGAAUCUCUUAACCGCCAUUCCGUCCACGUCACAGUAGAUUCUCAUCACCUUUCACCAUCAAACCUCCUGCACUCUUAUUGGACCUGUAUGUUCCCUCCCUGCAUUCUGAUUGGUUCUCUUGUGUUGGUCUGUUUCUAACUGCCUUCUGUAUCGACAUUCUACUCUUUUCCCUGCUGUAGUCUUUUCCUCACUCCGCUCUCUCCUGUGGUGUCAUUGGGCCAUGGUGCGCAAGAAAGGGUCCCUCAUCUUGUGUGGAGCUUUCCUAUUUGUCGCCUGGAAUGCCUUGCUCCUCCUCUUCCUUUGGGGGAGGCCUCCCAUUGGUCGACUCGGGGAGGUGGGUGGCGCCGAGCCAGGUGGCGGCAAAGAGUGGGGAGUGGCGGCUGGCAAAGGAGGCGGGGCCGACCUGGCUGGGGAAGUGAUCCGAUUGGCCGAGGAGGUGGAGUCUGAGCUUGAGACUCAGAAGCAUCUCCUGAAGCAGAUACAGAGUCACAGGUCGCUAUGGGAACGGCGAAAGGAAAUGGGGAAGAGGGAAACGGAAAUUGCGAAGGAGAAGAAGAAGAACGAUGAAAAGGUUGAGAUCAAGCAUCCCCAACAGUCUCCACAGCCUCCUCCGAAAAAGACCGCCAUCGACAACGCGGACCAAAGUAACGGAAAAAACGCUCAGGACCCGAUCGCCUCACCUCUCCCUGACUCGAAGGACAGAGAACAGACAAUAAACAAUGAGAAGUUACCAAGCACCGCCGCUCCUGUGCAGGUGGUCAUCCCCAUCCUGGUCAUCGCCUGCGACAGAGUGACGGUGAAGAGGAGCCUGGACAAGCUCAUACAGUACCGCCCCUCUGCCGAACUCUACCCAAUCAUAGUCAGCCAGGACUGCGGCCACGCCGAGACGGCUCAGGUGAUUGGCUCGUACGGCAGUCAGGUGACCCACCUCAGGCAGCCCGACAUCUCGGACAUCCGUGUGCGACCGGAACACAGGAAGUUCCAGGGAUACUACAAGAUUGCCAGACACUAUCGCUGGGCCCUGAACCAGGUGUUCAACCAGCUGUCCUACUCCACCGUGGUCAUAGUGGAGGAUGACUUGGAGGUGGCGCCGGACUUUUUCGAGUACUUCCGGGCGCUGUACCCCAUCCUGAGCUCGGACCCGACCCUGUGGUGCGUGUCGGCCUGGAACGACAACGGCAGGGACGGGCUGGUGGACCCGGGGAAGCCCGGCCUGCUGUACAGGACCGACUUCUUCCCCGGCCUGGGCUGGAUGCUGCUAAGGGAGCUGUGGGAGGAGCUGGAGCCCAAGUGGCCCGCGGCAUUCUGGGACGACUGGAUGCGGCAGCCGGACCAGCGGCGGGACCGGUCCUGCGUCCGGCCCGAGAUCUCCAGGACUAUAACCUUCGGCCGCAAGGGCGUGAGCCUGGGUCAGUUCUUUGACCAGUACCUGCGCUACAUCAAGCUGAACACUGAAUUUGUGCCUUUCACCAAGCUGGACCUGUCCUACCUGGUCAGGGAGAGGUACAAUGAGAACUUUGAGAGGGAGGUCUACGGCGCCCCCAUAGUGAAGGUGGAGGAACUGCAGCAAAGGGGCGGGCUGGUUGGAGAGGGUCCGUUUCGGGUAGAGUACUCCAGUCGGGACAGUUUUAAGGUCCUGGCCCGCAACUUGGGGGUGAUGGACGACUUGAAGUCGGGUGUUCCCAGGGCGGGGUACAGGGGCGUGGUGAGCUUCCUGUCGCGGGGCCGAAGGAUCUACUUAGCACCCCCUGCUGGUUGGACCCAUUAUGACACCAGCUGGAGUUGAGGGCGGUGAAAAGAG